AUGCCCAUCACCACGAUCCACAGUCAGUCUGAGUUCCACGACCUUAUUCAAAGACACCGUUUCGUCAUCAUCUUCGCAACAGCAACAUGGUGCGGCCCCUGUCAAUCCAUCAAACCGUUCUUUGAAAAACACGCCAACGCCUCGAAUUAUGACCCUGAGAAACUUGCCUUUGCCCAGUUCGAUACCGAUGAAAUUCCAGCCCUUGAUGCCGAGCUCGGAAUUCGCUCAAUUCCCGAAUUCUUCCUUAUGGAAAAUGCAGAGCGAGUUGAUAACCUUUCUGAGGCUAACCCCCCAGCUCUUAAAAAAUUAGUCGACUUUUGCAUUUGGGAGCUAAACCCAUCUUCGUCUAAUGACUUUUAA